CUAUCUAUAUUCUAAACACAAACCACAUCAGUAGGCUCCUCACUCCUGCAAUAUACACACAGUUAAGGAGCAGCCACACACAUUGACACACAGCGCAUGUUCUCUCAUUGAACACGAAUCAACCCGGGGGCUUCUUCUUGGAUUGGAACGGCAUGGCGCUGCUGAACAUCGGCCUAUUUUCGCCUCCGGCAGCUGGUCAUGGCACGCCGCCGGCCGAGGACCCCAAUAAAAAAAUCCGAAAACCCUACACCAUUACCAAGUCACGUGAGAGCUGGACCGAACCGGAGCACGACAAGUUCCUCGAAGCGCCCCAGCUCUUUGAUCGUGAUUGGAAGAAGAUUGAAGCAUUUAUUGGAUCGAAAACAGUAAUUCAGAUACGUAGCCACGCACAGAAGUAUUUUCUUAAAGUUCAAAAGAGUGGAACCAAUGAACAUCUUCCUCCACCUCGGCCAAAAAGAAAAGCUGCUCAUCCAUAUCCACAAAAAGCGUCUAAAAUUGCUCCAGUUCUUUCACAAGAGAGACCAUCCUUGCAAGGCUCAGCUGCUGUUCCUGAUAACGGAUUUGGAAGGAGGCCUGAUGCUUCUGCAAUACUAAGAAAUGAAUCUGCUGCAUCUAUACCUGGCUGGACGGAGAAACCUUUGCAGAAUACCAAUUUUUUGCAUGCAACUGGAGGUGAUACUGGACAGACAAUGCCCUAUAUUUGCUCUUCUGGUAGCAACAACAGCACAACAAGGACAAGACCCACAGUUCUCCCUGAUUUUGUUCAAGUGUACAGUUUCAUAGGCAGUGUCUUUGACCCAAAUGUGACUGGCCAUUUGCAGAAAUUGAAGAAGAUGGACCCAAUCGAUAUUGAGACAGUACUAUUGUUGAUGAGAAAUCUCUCGAUCAAUUUGGCUAGUCGUGAUUUCGAGAAUCAUAGAAGGGUGCUUUCCUCAUAUGAGAUUGACCCCAAGAAGGACAAUGCUUUCCAUGUCACUGGUUCUAUCCUUUGUAGCCAAUCUGAGGGUGCAGGCUAACUUUGUGUGUCAUUGGUGCUUUCAUGCCUUGGUACUCUCUCCAUCUCCCUCUCCCUCUCCAUCUCCCUCUCCCUCUCCCUCUCUUCAUCAAUCAUCCUAGGAUCAUGUAUCAACCAGGUCAUUAUUGCAUGGAUGAUACUAGGCGAACUUGAGUAUCGUUCUUGUUAAAUCUUCUUCUGGCUAUGCAGUUAGUGUGCCUUGUACAUUACAUACAGGCAAAUGCAAUAAAAAUGAGAGGGGGUAUUUCCCAGAAUGUAAAUUCUGAUUCACUAUUAUCUGUAAAUGCAAAUUUUGAUCAUAUAGUGCAGCUAUAUAUUGUAGAUGAUGUAAAGUUUUUGCUUUUUGAGUGAUUCACAAAAAUAGAUGAUACUUCACGCAA